CAAAGGCAGCUUCUGUUUCCAAAGAAAAAGGGCCAUGUUUACUUUUUAACGAGUAUAGUUGUCGUCGGGGAGAAAACGGGAAAGGGUUUCUCUCGAGAGGUUUUCUAGGGUUUUUUAUUUUCUCUACGCUCAGAGGGUUCUCGAUCUUCUUCCAUUCAAUCGAUCCAGUGUUCGAUCUAUAUUUACAGAGAUGUUUUCCAGGUAUCCGCGAUACUGAUGCUUGUUUCCGCAUCCCUGGUCUUCGAUAUGUGACAUACUCUGAGCACUGGUAAUAAGUAAUCACACAAUCCUCGAGGGCAUGAAAAAUUAAUAAAGUAAACCACGUGUCAUCAUUUUAUUUUACUGUUUGUUGACUUAAUGAGGGAAUUUAUGUUUUAUUCCUGUUUCCUUGAUCACAGAAGAACCUGGUAAUAAUGUGCCAAUUAUGAAAUAUAUCUAGUGGCUGUAGUUUAGUGGUGAAAAUUCCAUGUUGUGACCGUAGAGACCUGGGAUCGAAUCCCAGCAGCCACUCUUUCCUUCCAGUUUUAUAAAAGAAAAGGGAAUACAAACUAAUCAUUAUGAAUAUGAUUCUUUAUAAUUAGUAAUCUUUCUAUCUUUCAAAAAAAAAAAAGAGGAGUCAUUUCUGGUAUUUUUCUAUGGUUUGAGCAUCCAUUUUGAACAGGAAUCACCUCUGAGGUUAUUGUCGAAACACUAUGAUUUUUUUUGUCUUUGAAACUACCCCUGGUAGUUCAAAUUGUCUGGAAAAUCUACAUGAUAGAGUGAAUGUGCGAGAAACUACAUCAAAAUUACUGCAGGCAGUCCGUGCCAGGAAGUUUCACACCCCAAGGCAAUCAUGAUAAGAAGAUGGCAAUGGCAGGACAGCUGCCCAGGGAUCAUUCUCUGCAUGGGAUGGUAAGAGAAGGAGCUUACGGCAUUUUCCCUGACAUGGCAGAAGAUUCUCAGUGCCUGGGACCUAGCUGGUAUUUUGGUAGAAAGCAAAUUGAUGAUCAUUCUCCAUCUAGAAAGGAUGGGAUUGAUUUGAAGAAAGAGACUCAACUGCGGAAUUUAUACUGUUCAUUUCUUCAGGACCUGGGCAAGAGGCUCAAAGUGCCCCAGAUAACAAUAGCAACAGCAAUGAUGAUUUGUCAUCGCUUCUACCUUCGCCAGUCUCAUGCCAGGAAUGAGUGGCAGACCAUUGCAACAGCUAGCAUGUUUUUGGCAGGCAAGGUGGAAGAAACACCCCGUUUGCUGAUAGAUGUUGUAGUGGUAGCAUAUGAGACAAUGUACAGAAGGGAUCCUGCUGCUUCUCAGAGAAUCAAACAAAAAGAACUUUAUGAGAAGCAAAAAAGCCUACUCUUAACUGCUGAGAGACUGGUACUAUCAGCGAUUGGAUUUGAUUUCAAUAUUCAACUUCCCUACAAACCGCUUGUUGCUGCUUUAAAGAAACUCAAGAUUGACAGUGACAUGUGCAAAGUGGCAUGGAAUUUUGUGAAUGAUUGGCUGCGGACAACGUUGUGCCUGCAGUAUAAACCCCAUUAUAUUGCGGCGGGGUCGCUGUGCCUUGCUGCUAAGUAUAGCCAAGUGAAGCUUCCUUCAGAGAAGGGGAUGGUUUGGUGGCAUGAGUUCGAUAUUACACCAAGACAGUUACAAGAAGUUAUUAAGCAGAUGCAGGAAUUAUUCGAGCAGAACAAGAAAGCAGCAACUCCUUGUGCUCGUGGAAAGGUCACACGAGCCCCAGUUGUAGCUGAAAAGGAAGCAUCCAGUAGUCCAGAUUCAUGUGUUUUAAAUGGGUCUGUUGUUGCCACUACAAAUCAUGUACUCGACAAUGAGGCAGGACCUAAUCCUGCCAGUUCAAUCAACCACAACGAUCCUGGCGGCCUAGAUCCAUCCAUCAAUGAUACCUGUUUCACUGGUAAGGAGCAUUUACAAUGCCAGACGAGCGAUUGUGGAAGUACACGUAGCAUCGUAGAAGAUGGUGAGAGAUUCAAUGAGGGCGCGGAUCAAGCAAGGAUCGAGUCCGUUUGCAUCGCGGGCAGUAGCAUUGUUUGCAAGGGUCUAUCCGAAUUGGACAAGGACAGGAUCAAAUCUAAAUUGAAGAGCAAAAGAUGGGAAAGAGCUAUGAAUGGUAAGAAGGCAGCAGCUGUGGAUGAUGUCAGUGAUGGAGAUGCUUGGAUUGAAAGAGAGCUUGAAAAUGGAAUAAUGCUCGGAGUUGAAUACACGGAGAAGAGGCAAAGGCAGGUCUGAGUUUUUGGAUUUUUAACUGUAAGUGAAAAAUUGCUUAUGGUAUUUGGAAUUCUUUUCUGCACCCUACAUUAUCCAAGGGAAAGCAGGCGGCUGAGGGAAAGCCCAGUUGGGCAGAAGAAUAGAUUUCCCAGAAAUCGUCUAACAGUGGAAAUGAACAUCCAGAAUGGAUUUUUGAUGUAUGCGGUGAUUCUGUACCAAUUUAUCAUUGUUUUAUUGUUGCUGUUGUUAUUAACAUCUGUUGCAAUUGUUACAUAUACAAUUGGUUUAUUUUUAGUGCUGUAACUUCGAAAAGACAGGAAAUUUUAACUGUCAGGGUAGUUUUAUGGAA